CCUGCAUCCUCGUGGUGAUUGCGGUCAUUGAGCUCGGCCAUGCACUGCUCAACUUUUCGGCCGGCGAGAGCACCGCCGCCGUGGACUACGUCUCGCCGCUCUCCAAGAUCUUCACAUAUGGGCUGGCCGGCGUGCUGCUGGUCCUCAACAGGAUCCAGGGCAUGCGGACCUCCGGAGUGCUCUUCAUGUUCUGGGCCAUCCACAUGGUGAUCGGCGCGCUCACCACGCGCACCAGCGUCAACCGGCUCGCCAUCGAGAGGGAGAAGUGGCCCAAUGGCACGCACCCCACCCUGCCGGAGGAGGGGCUGUCGUCGCUCUUCCUGACCUGCACCUGGCUCAUCGGCUAUCCGCUCAUCGUGCUGCUGUUCCUGCUCAACUGCUGGGCGGACGCCGAGCCCAAGCUGUCCCUGUACGCCGCCAAGGUCGAUAGACCAUGCCCGGAGGGCGCGUCCUCGUUCCUGUGCCGCGCCAUGUUCGCCUGGCUGGACCCGCUGGUGUACAAGGGCUUCCGCAGGCCUCUGGUCAUCAGCGACAUCUGGGGCUUGAACGAGGCGGAUACCUCCGUCGAAGUCGUUCCAGCCUUUGAUAAGUAUUGGCUGAAAAGUGGGAAACCAAGGAAAGACAACUCCAAAGAGCCCUCUAAGGAAAAAGCUUCAGAGAAUGGAAAGAGUAACCAUGCCAGUAAUAAGUCUGGUGUCCCCAAUUCCUGGUCAAAAGGUGAAGUUGAACUUGAGCCGCUGUUUACCAAUAAUGCUCCAGGUCAAAAAGGGGGUAGUGAUGGCCGUCAACAGACAAACAUUAUGUACGCCAUGUGCCGUGCAUUUGGAGGAGUAUUUUUGGCCGGCUGUAUUGCAAAACUUUUUGAGACCACCAUUGUGUUUGUCAGUCCUCAAAUCUUAAGCCUUCUCAUAAGUUUUGUAGAAGGCGAUGAACCAGCGUGGCGUGGCUACAUGUAUGCUGUGCUCAUGUUAUUAGCUGCAACUUUCCAAACUCUCAGUAUGACCCAGCACAAUCAACGCAUGUAUAUUGUCGGAAUGCGCAUCAGAACUGCCCUAAUUUCUGCAAUUUAUCGGAAGGCUCUGCGAGUAUCGAAUUCGCUGAGAAAGGAAUUGACUCUGGGAGAAAUUGUCAACUUAAUGGCUGUGGAUGCUCAAAGGUUCACAGAACUCAUGGCGUAUAUUAAUUUGGUUUGGGCUGCCCCCUUACAAAUUAUUCUUGCUUUGUACUUCCUGUACCAAACCCUGGGAAUAUCAGCUAUUGCAGGCAUUGUUGUGCUCCUCUUCAUGGUUCCUGUGAAUGCAUGGUUGGCCGACCGUGUGGAAAGUCUGCAAAUUUCUCAAAUGGAACUUAAGGAUGAGAGAGUAAAACUCACAAAUGAGGUUCUUGGUGGUAUGAAAAUUCUUAAACUGUAUGCUUGGGAAGGUUUCUUUGGAGAUCUUGUGCAGAGCAUCAGAAACAAAGAGUUGGGUGUUUUGAAAGCAAAUGCCUACCUCAAUGGUUCAACUUGUUUCAUCUGGGUGUGUGCCCCAUUCUUGGUGUCUCUUGCAUCUUUUGGCAUGUAUGUAAUGAUAGAUGAAAACAAUGUUUUGGAUGCCAAAAAGGCAUUUGUGUCUGUCACUCUCUUCAAUAUUAUCAAGCAGCCUUUCACUAUGUUGCCCAUUCUCAUCUCAAACGCCAUCCAGGCUAGUGUAUCUGUAAGCCGCAUUAACAAGUUCUUGAACGCUGAUGAGUUGGACCCGAACUCUGUGACUCAUGACCCUCGUGAAGUGCAUCCCAUUAUUGUGGAGAAUGGAACUUUCAGCUGGGGGCCAGAUGAAACUCCAGCUCUUACAAAUAUUAAUUUGCGUUGUGAGAUGGGUCGCCUUGUGGCAGUGGUUGGUCCGGUUGCAUCCGGAAAGAGCUCUCUAAUUGCUUGUAUGAUGGGUGAAAUGGACAAACUGAGUGGCAGAGUGAACACAAAGGGUACCAUUGCCUAUGUUGCUCAACAGGCAUGGAUUCAGAAUGCUACACUUCGUGACAACAUUCUCUUUGGUUUGCCCAUGGAGAAGGAAAAGUACAACAUGGUAGUUGAGGCCUGUGCUCUGAAAGCUGACUUAGAGAUGCUUCCCGGUGGUGACCAGACCGAAAUUGGUGAAAAGGGUGUGAAUGUGAGUGGAGGUCAGAAGCAGAGAAUUGCUUUAGCUCGUGCUGUCUACAACUCAGCUGAUGUUUACCUCCUGGAUGAUCCCCUCAGUGCUGUUGACAGCCAUGUUGGCAAACACAUAUUUGAACAUGUCAUUGGACCCAACGGUUUGCUUCGAAACAAGACUCGAGUCUUGGUUACCCAUGGCAUUCACUACCUGCCUGAAACCGACUUGGUUGUUGUACUUGAUGAUGGAAACAUCGCAGAGUGUGCUCCUUAUCAAGAACUAAUUGACAGAAAGGGCGAAUUUUCAGACUUUGUUCUGCAGCAUUUGAAUGAUGGAAAAGUUGAAACCACUGGUACUCCUUCUGGUCCUGGUUCACCUGUUACUGAAAACCCUACCAAUGGUCACGGUCCUCUGCCCAUGAUUGAUGGAGCUGAACCAGCGAAACAUGAAGACCUCCAAAGACGCUUAUCCCGCAAAGGACGGCAGGACACUCACCGCCGACCGUCUCUUGGUGGUCCAACUAGAAAAAUGUCAAGGGGUAACCAGCCUCCGAUGGGCCGCGUCGAUUCCAUCAAGGGACUUCAUCGCAGGCGGUCUUCCAUUCACAGAUCAUGGUCAAAGGUAACCACAACACUGUCUAGUAGUCUUCAAGAAAUGGAUGAAGUUGAAGUGCGCAACGCUCCAAAGCAGGGCGAACGACUCACAGAGGCUGAAGUUGCUGAGACUGGCAGUGUGUCGCUGAAAGUGUAUUCACAUUAUUGUCGAGCUGGUGGCUUGUGGUUGUGUUUUGCCACAAUGUUAUUCAACGCACUCUAUCAAGCUUGUGCCGUUGGCACAAAUGUGUGGUUGACGCAGUGGAGUGCUGACCAUGAGACAGCCCAGAAACUCAACACAACUAUGUCCCACCAACAAAGAGACCUGUAUCUUGGAAUUUAUGGUCUCUUUGGAUUUGGUCAAGCUCUGACUCUGUUCAUCUCUGAUGUUGCCCCUCGUCUGGGAGCGUGGUAUGCUGCGAAAGUAAUGCAUGAUGUGAUGCUCCAUGGUGUUGUGCGAGCCCCUCUCUCCUUCCAUGACGUCACUCCCCAAGGUCGUAUUCUGUCUCGAUUUUCAAAGGAUGUGGAUGUUAUGGACAAUCUUCUACCACAACAGAUCGCCGAUACCCUGUGGUGUAUGUUUGAGGUCUGUUCAACCUUGGUUGUCAUCAGUGUCAGUAUGCCCAUAUUCAUGACGGUCAUCAUUCCCAUUGCUAUCCUCUAUUACUUCAUUCAGAGAUUCUAUGUAGCAACAUCAAGACAAUUGAAGCGGUUGGAAUCUGUUACCAGAUCUCCUAUUUAUUCACACUUUGGUGAAAGUGUAACUGGUGCUGCCACCAUACGAGCGUAUAAUGUGAAGGAGCGCUUUAUUCGUGACUCUGAAAUACGUGUGGACAUCAACCAGUCAUGCUUUUACCCCAGUAUUAUCGCUGCCAGAUGGUUAUCAGUACGCCUUGAAACAGUGGGAAACCUCAUUAUUUUCUUUGCUGCCUUGUUUGCUGUUAUGAGCAAAGAUACUGUUGGAGCUGGUCUGGUUGGCUUGUCUAUCAGUUAUGCACUUCAGGUAACAUCUGUUCUGAAUCUUAUGGUGCGCCUCUCCUCAGAAGUAGAAUCAAAUAUUGUUGCUGUGGAAAGGUUAAAAGAAUACGGAAACACUCCUGAGGAAGCAGCUUGGACUCUGCCUGACAAAACAGUGGCCCCAUCUUGGCCUGAAAAAGGAGCUGUUAAUUUCAUAGACUACAAGGUGCGCUACAGGGAGGGCUUGGAUCUUGUCCUUAAGGGACUAUCCUUUGGUGUUUCUGGUGGUCAAAAGGUGGGAAUUGUGGGACGUACUGGUGCUGGUAAAUCGUCUCUCACUCUCGCUCUGUUCCGCAUUGUUGAGGCUGCUGAUGGUAAAAUUAUCAUAGAUGAUGUCGACAUUUCAACCCUUGGCCUUCAUGAACUGAGAUCUAGAAUUACUAUAAUCCCUCAGGACCCAGUUCUGUUUUCCGGUUCACUGCGCAUGAAUUUGGAUCCAUUUGCAAAACAUUCAGAUGCUGAGCUGUGGACUGCUUUGACUGAUGCGCAUUUGAAAAGCUAUGUUGAGGGAGAGGGUGAAGGGUUGGAACUGGAAGUCACAGAAGGUGGAGAGAAUCUCAGUGUUGGGCAGAGGCAACUGGUUUGCCUUGCCAGAGCCCUUUUGCGGAGAACUCGUGUUCUUGUUAUGGAUGAAGCAACAGCUGGUGUUGAUCUUGACACUGAUGAUCUCAUUCAGAGCACAAUCCGCACGAAGUUCAAGGAUUCUACAGUACUUACAAUCGCUCAUCGGCUGAACACCAUUGUUGAUUCAGACAUGGUUCUGGUGCUAGAUCAAGGCAAGCUUCUUGAACUGGACUCACCGGAACGUCUGCUGAAUGACAAGAGCACAGUUUUCUAUUCCAUGGCCAAGGAUGCAGGUCUAGUGUCGUGAGAUGUAUUAGAAACAUUUUGGCAAGAUCAGUUGUCUGAACAAAAGAUAACUAUGCAUAGGUUAGUAAUAAUUUAUUGUGAAUACCCUUGUACAGAUAGCACUGUUCUUACUCUUCCUAUCACCUCCCUCCCCCUUCUUUCUCUAUCUCUCUCUUUUUGUCUCUCUUUGUGUUCACAUUAUGUUCAUUCAAGAUCUAAAUUCAUGCUUUAAGGACAUGUUAUUAAGUCUGCAAUGAGCAAUAUGCCUAACAAAGAUUUUAAGUUAGUACUUAGUUAAAUGCAAAGUUAUAUUUUUUAACAUGACACAUUUCUAUUUUUAAUGUUUUGUACAGAUGUCAGACUGCAGAAGUUCUUUUUGUUUGUUUUUUUAAGGAUGUGAGAUAGUGGAACGCAUACAGAUUGUAACUCAUUGUGAUAAUGUAAUGCUAUACAAAUCCUUUCUGUGAUGUAUUCUCUUGUCUUGCUCCUUACAUUGUGCUGGUAUCUCUAGUCAAGUCUCAGAAAUGAACAAGUUUGUGAGUUUUACAGAGAAACUGCAAGUUGCAUUUGUUGAUUCUUGGACUCAGCAAUGGUACAUAAUUCAGAUUUCUAAUCUUAAAAAAAAAAGUCAGAACUGAAUUCUUUCAUCUUCUAUCCAUUUGUGUCAAUACAGUUACUAUAUGAGUUUAUUCAUGAUUGUUUUGCCCUUGACACGAAUGGGUAAAUUUCAUACGAGAACAUUGUACAACAGGAGUGCUUUCUAUAUCAAUUUUUUUAAAAAUUCAACUUAGGAGAUCCACCACUUUUACUGCUAAUGCCUGCCCAUUUCAUAGAACUGCAGGUUUAUUCUGGAUCUAAAGUGCAAGAAUCGAAGACCUUUUGUGCCUCACAUGAAGAAUAAUAAAAAUAAUGCAAAUUUCUGAACUGGAAAUAAUAAUGACAAUGUGAUAGUCUUGAGUGGUUCUUGUUCGGCAUUGUUAAUACUGUGCCACAGUUACAGAAUCUUGAAGAAAAAAUUCAUGUCUAUGUCUAUGGAUUGAGGCUGUCUGAAAUACAACGGAUUUGUAUACUUCAAGUGAUGAUCUUUGGUUAUCAAAGAAAUUGUACUUAUAUGUUUUGAGCCAAACUGUCAUAAUCACCAUGGCAGCCACAUGACUUGGUGGUUGCUAGCCUCCAUUUAUCAUACAUUUUCUGUUUCACUGCUGCUUUGGCAGCUUGGGAGGAGAUGCUUGUGAUGUAGAAUUAAGUUGUUUUCGUUCUGAAAUGUAUCAUCAUUAUUGUUAUGAUCAUUCUCAUUGAUUUGCAUGCCUUUUCAUAAUCCAUAACCGGUUAAUGUGUAAAUGAACAUUUCUGUAAAUGUAUGAAUGAGUACGUGUUGACUGCGCCUCUGCGCUUGUAUCAAAAAUAAAUAUACUAGAACCAAUCA